AGUAUAGUAGAUGUGUCCGGAAAUGAGUGCGGAGUGAGGCUCGGUGCUAGCGGCGGCGGCAGACAGUCUUGUCUCGGUGCUGCUCGUCGGUUUUGGAUGCGCGUCGCGUCGGAUCCGGUUUGAAGGGCGAUGGGUCUGAUCGCUCGAGUGCGUAAAGAAUGGUUCAUCAUCGGGAUAGUGCUCGUGAUCACCUGUGCCAAACUCGCGCCGUCCGUGGGGGUGAAAGGAGGUCCUCUUCGGCCAGAGAUCACAAUCACCUAUGUUGCAGUAUCUGUAAUUUUCUUUAACAGUGGCUUGUCUUUAAAAACAGAGGAGUUAGCGAGUGCAUUAAUGCACGUAAAGUUGCAUUUCUUCGUCCAAACGUUUACACUUGUAUUUUUCCCCAUUGCCCUUUGGCUCCUCCUCCAAGUUUUGGCUCUUACUGUGAUCAACGAAUGGCUUCUGAAAGGGUUGCAGACGGUUGCGUGUAUGCCUCCUCCCGUCUCGUCUGCCGUCAUUCUGACAAAAGCUGUAGGAGGAAAUGAGGCUGCAGCCAUUUUCAAUUCUGCAUUUGGGAGCUUUCUGGGAAUCGUGGUCACUCCUUUCCUGUUACUAGUGUUUCUGGGCUCGUCGUCCUCUGUUCCGUUCUCCUCCAUCUUCUCGCAGCUCUUCAUGACGGUGGUCGUCCCGCUCAUAGUUGGACAGGUGUGCAGGAGGUUUCUAAAAGAGUGUAUGGACCGUCGGAAGCCUCCGUUCGGGACGGUGAGCAGUGUGGUUCUGCUCAUGAUCAUCUACACCACCUUUUGUGACACCUUCUCCAACCCCAACAUAGAGCUGGACCACCUGAGCCUGCUGCUCGUCGUCUUCAUCAUUUUUUCCAUUCAGUUGAGCUUCAUGGCUCUGAUAUUUUUCUUGUCUACAAGGAAGUCCUCUGGUUUCACUGCAGCUGAUUCAGUGGCCAUCUUGUUUUGUGCCACACAUAAAUCCCUCACCUUAGGUAUCCCUAUGCUGAAGAUUGUGUUUGAGGGAUAUGAGCAUCUGUCUCUGAUAUCAGUUCCUCUGUUGAUCUAUCAUCCUGCUCAGAUUCUGCUGGGCAGCAUUCUUCUGCCUUCAAUUAAAACAUGGAUGAGCGGCAGACAAAAGACCCUGACGCCCAUAUGAACCACACUGUCGAUUGGAAGCUGUGAAAAAUUUGGCUGAGCCAAAUAAAACCUGAAGAAAACGAGACCAAAACAGACAGAGGUGCCGGCACGUUCUGCUGUCCUGAUCACAGGAGGGGGGAAGAUUUGAUUCUGUGGAAGGAUACGGAUCAAGUGCCUUAUCACAACCUGCGGAGACCUCAGGCAAUUGUAUACCUGCCUCAUUACAGGGACUAUAGAUGAACACAUAACUUAAAAUGAUUCCAUGAGCUUUUUUAAAUGGAUACCUGAAUGUAUAUUUUUUAUUUUUAUAUGAAGUGUCAAAUCUUUUCUUACUUCAACUCUUGACAGCACUCAGACCUUCUCAAAUUGAUUUUAUUUUUGUUUUUUUAUUGAUAUAACUAAAUCUAGAGCAAAGCCAGACUUGCAGGAAGAGCUCCCAACUGUCUUUCAUGCACAAAUUAAGAUUGUAUGUAUCUGAAUGGUACUGAUGAUGAACCUUGGUUAUUUUUGUGGCAGUAAACACGAAAGUGAAACUCUGCACUGCUAAUAUACAGUUUCGAGUUUAACCUAACAUACCAUUUUAUUUCUGUUAUUGACUUAAAUUCUGUUAUUUGUUUGCUCUGUUUUAGAGCUUUGCCGUUCUGUUUUGUAAAAUACAAUCAAAGGUCAGCUGCGAUGACCGUACUUUCGCCAACAGAAACACUUCCUGUGUCAAGUUACGUUACUGAAGACAAUAAAUACUGUUAAAAAUUCCUAUAAAUCAC